CAGCUGCUGCUCCAACGCUCCACACUGAUCCUAACAAAGACCAACCAUCCAUCCGUCCUACAUUACUCUUUCUCCCUCUCCUUCUCCCUCUCAAUCAUCAUCCUAUCUCUGCAACUGCAAUGGAAGGCACGCUCUUCCCAAACCGGCCCGCCUUCCCCAACACCCCAGCCAAGCCGAAGCAACAAUCCAAUGUGCGUUUGAAGUUCAACUCUUCAACCCUGCCUCUCCCACCUCCACCCCCUUCUCCUCCUUCCUUACCUCUGGAUUCUCUCCUCCAACAUCUUCUCCAUCUCUCUUCCCAGUCUCCCAAUUCUAUCCCCAUGCCCAAACCCAUAAAAUUUGGCAAACCCCAAUACCGUCUCAAGAAUCCCAACUCGAGUUCUGUCCCUGUUCUUGAGAGUCGCCGUGAAGAAGCUGCUCAAUUUGUUGAUGGCCAGUUUGAUUUUCUGCCAAGAAGAUGUAUGUUCAUGCUUAAGUCUAUUAUCGAGCAGCCUGUUUCGGGUUUGAAUGCUUUCUUUGAUUCUGUUAAGUUUGAGUUGGUUGAAGUUGAUUUGGUGAGUCUUUUGAAGGGUUUGGAUCUUUCUGGGAAUUGGGAAAAGGCUGUGCUUUUGUUUGAAUGGGUUGUCUUGAACUUACAGAACAGUAGAUUGGACGACCAAGCUAUUGAACUAAUGGUGAGGAUUCUAGGGAGAGAGUCACAGCAUUCGAUUGCAGCCCAACUGUUCGAUGUAAUUCCCGUUAAGGACUAUUCUCUUGAUGUUCGAGCGUAUACGACUCUUCUUCACGCGUAUUCUCGUACCGGGAAGUACGAGAGGGCGAUUUCUCUGUUCGAACAUAUGAAUGAGAUUGGUCUUUGUCCAACUUUGGUAACUUACAAUGUCAUGCUAGAUGUUUAUGGGAAGAUGGGUCGUUCUUGGAGCCAAAUUUUGAACCUCUUGGACGAGAUGAGAAGCAGAGGUCUUGAGUUUGAUGAGUUCACUUGCAGCACUGUCAUAUCUGCUUGCGGGAGAGAGGGAAUGUUGGAGGAGGCCAAGAAGUUUUUUGCUGACUUGAAGUCUCAGGGUUAUGUACCGGGAACUGUUUGCUACAAUUCUUUACUCCAAGUGUUUGGGAAAGCUGGGAUUUAUUCAGAGGCUUUAAGUGUUUUGAAAGAAAUGGAGGAAAAUAACUGCUCGCCUGAUUCAGUUACUUACAAUGAGCUUGUGGCGGCAUAUGUCAGGGCAGGGUUCCGUGAAGAAGGAGCUGCUCUCAUUGACACAAUGACCCUUAAGGGUAUACAGCCAAACGCUAUUACAUAUACGACUGUAAUAGAUGCCUAUGGCAAAGCUGGGAAGGAGGACGAGGCAUUGAGUCUGUUCAACAAGAUGAAGGAAUCAGGUUGUGUUCCAAAUGUGUGUACUUACAACGCUAUCCUUGGGAUGCUAGGGAAGAAAUCACGAUCAGAAGAAAUGAUGCGGAUUCUCUCUGAUAUGAAAUCAAAUGGAUGUGUUCCAAAUCGUAUUACUUGGAAUACCAUGCUUGCCAUGUGUGGUAAUAGAGGAAUGCACAAAUAUGUGAACCAGGUUUUCCGUGAGAUGAAGAGUUGUGGUUUUGAUCCUGAUAGAGACACAUUUAAUACUUUGAUAAGUGCAUAUGGCAGGUGCGGGGCAAGAAUUGAUGCUGCAAAAAUGUAUGACGAGAUGAUUAAAGCAGGGUUUUCUCCAUGUGUUACAACCUACAAUGCACUUUUAAAUGCACUGGCUCGGCGAGGGGAUUGGAAAGCAGCUGAAUCUGUCACUAUAGACAUGAGGAACAAGGGCUUCAAGCUCAGUGAGACCUCAUUCUCAUUGAUGCUCCAUUGUUAUGCGAAGGGAGGAAAUGUGAGGGGAAUAGAGGGGAUAGCAAAACAAAUUUAUGAUGGUCGUAUAUUUCCUAGUUGGAUGCUUUUGAGAACCCUAGUUCUAGCAAAUUUUAAAUGUAGAUCACUAAUGGGCAUGGAGAGGGCAUUUCUAGAAUUACAAAAAGGUGGAUACAGACCUGAUUUGGUUUUAUUUAAUUCGAUGCUUUCAAUUUUCGCAAGGAACAAGAUGUAUGACCGUGCCCAAGAGAUACUGCACCUGAUCCAUGAGAGUGGACUGCAGCCAGAUAUUGUGACUUACAACAGCUUGAUUGACAUGUAUGCCACAGCCGGAGAGUGUUGGAAAGCAGAAGAGAUCCUCAAAGGAAUACAAAAAGGUGGUGGAAAACCAGACCUCGUGUCUUACAACACCGUCAUUAAAGGGUUUUGCAGGCAAGGCCUCAUGCAGGAGGCUAUAAGAACUCUCUCAGAGAUGACAGCUCGGGGAAUUAGGCCAUGUAUUGUCACCUAUAAUACGUUUGUGGCAGGGUAUGCAGGACAGGGAUCAUUCACUGAAGUACAUGAAGUGAUCAGCUACAUGAUUCAGCAUAACUGCAGGCCUAACGAGCUAACCUACAAGACCGUUGUGGAUGGUUAUUGCAAAGCCAAAAAGUACAAAGAAGCCAUGGAUUUUGUAACAAGAAUCAGGGAAAUAGAUGACUCCUUUGAUGAUUUCUCUUUGCAAAGACUGGUAUCGUGUGUUAGGACGAAUAUGGAGUCAUAAAUUUCCCUUUUUGAUUGAUGCGAGUAGUUACUCGGCAGCUUUGGUUAGGAUUGACCAUGGCAUGAUUCUAAUCUGCUUCCAGCUCCAGCUUGAGAUUUACUUCCUGCAAACCUUCUGGUUAUGGCUGUUCAUCAAUCACCAACAGGACUUUGGCCUCCUGCUUUUGUGCUGUUUUUAAGGAUUAGGAAAUCUGAUCUCCCCGAGUGAUAUUUUGUGCCUGUUUUCGAUGCCAACUCUUCUUGUUUGAAGUGGUGAGAAGCGAGAACACAAAGGAGAGCAGGAUUUUGAUC